CGGCCAUAUAAAUUCUUGAGAGAGAUAACUAGCAUUUCUCAAAUUCUUCACUCAGACACUCAAACGCUUUCUACAGUGAGCAGCCAUGCCAUCCGAGCUAGAGACUGCCAUGGAGUCCCUCAUCAUGGUAUUCCACCGCUACGCUGGAAAAGAGGGCAAGAACGGCACCCUGACCCGCCGUGAACUCCGAACCCUAAUGGAGAACGAGCUCUCUGGGUUUCUCAAGUCUCAGAAGGAUCCGACCAUCAUAGACAGAAUUAUGAAGGACUUGGAUGCCAAUGGAGAUGGGGAGGUGAACUUUGAGGAGUUUGUGUCUUUGGUUGUGGGUUUAUCCAUCGCUUGUGAGGCAUGCUAUAGAAUGCAGUUAAAGAAGACACAGAGCUGGAAAUCAGUAGGAUUGUUUUGUUUUUGA